AUGCUGAAGAAUAUCUUGCUCCACAAGGAAUUUCCCACGGCCUUCACCAAGUUCUUGUCGGCCAUCGGUGUGAAGUACAUCCGACAGAAGAUCAAGGAGCAUGACCUCCGGCGUGCCGACCCGGAAUACGUGAACCGCUUUCCUCGAAUGGAUGCCUUGGUGCACUCCGAUCGCUUCGAAAGCGCCAUGGGCCUCAUUAUGUUGGCCAAUGCCGUCAUGAUUGGCUUCCAAGUCUCUCAGGAAGAGAAGAGUGCUGCAGGCGCUGGGGCGCUGGGGUGGGGCGUUAAGCUGCCUGGGAUCUACACGGUCUUGGAUUUUAUCUUCACAGUCUGCUUCGUCGUGGAGCUCUUCGUGCGCGCACUCCCAGAGGGCUGGCGCUGGUGGUGUAAAGCUUCCAACAUUUUUGAUGUGAUCAUCGUCCUGGCCACCAACGUGAUCCCGGUUUGGAUCCUGCUGCCUUUGGGCAUCGACAACGCGGUGAUGCGCCCCUUCGCCGUGCUCCGACUCUUCCGCGCCGUGAAGCUGGGGCGGCUCAUCCGGAAGUAUCGACGCCUGAAGAUUCUAUGGAACCUCUUCCAGGGGAUGAUUGGCAGCGGUCGAAUCCUUGCCUACACACUCUUAAUGCUGGGCACAACGCUAUUCAUCUUUGCAGUCUUUGUGGUGGUGUUGAUCACCAAGAACCCUGCCACGAAGGAUCAUCCCAUGGUCAUUGCGCGCUUCCAAACGGUACCCGAGGCCUUUUUCACCUUGUUUCAGAUCAUCACCUUGGAUAGCUGGAUGACGGAACUUGCACGACCCCUCGGCGAUGCUAGUCCCCUCGCAGCCAUGAUCAUCGUUUCUGCAGUUUUGCUGGUUGAGAUGUGCUUGUUGAACCUGGUAGCCGCCACGAUCCUCAACGCGGCGUUUGAACGCCAAGCAGCGGACUAUGAGAUGGUCGCGCGCGAAAAGAAGGACCGGUGUCUUCGCGGGGUGCCAGCGGGCCACCCAAAAUCUGGGCUCGAGACACCAGCAGAAGGGUUCAUGUGGGUGGCCUCUCAUGACUCCCCUGAUUUUGAUUUGGGGAAGGAAGUCUUUUCUGGAUUGAGCCGUGGAGUCAUGCUGGACUCAAACCAUGGGGCCAUCUUAGGAGACUCGGGAUGGACAACAGUGAAGUUGAUGAAGGUGGAAGAGGUGCCAGGCUUCAUUGAGGAGCGAGAAAAGUUGGUGCGUAGUCGUUUGGAGCUGAGAGGACAAUCCGUCCACAUCGGAGGAGGUGGUGGCAAGAGAAAUGAGGCAGAAGAGGCAGAAGAGGCCUCAGAGGAUGCUCGGACUUUGAGUGUCUUCUAUGAUGACCAGGGCGAACGUUAUCGCUCCUGGCGUGAGGCCACCAAGGACACUCGAGAAUACUCCUACUCCGAUUGGCCGCUGGAGGGUCCUCAGUCCGUUGUCCACCUCAUGAAGUACAUGUUGAAGAAUGGGGGCAGCCCAAAACAAUGGCUACUGGUGUGGGCUCGUCACAAGGGAGUUCACGACAAUGACCGGGUGAUGCAUGAGAUGAGGGCCCUGCUCGAAUGCUUCGAGCAAGCUGGCUGCUACGAUCAGUUGAAUUUGGGAAGCCUGGCUUGCUUUGAGACACUGGGUCGUCGCAUUCAGAGCAUUGUUGAUGCAUACAACAGUGGUUCAGCAUCUUCACCCGAUUGGGGCGCUGCCAAGAUCAUGUCAGGCUACCAGGGGCCGGAGGACUUGGUGUCGCCGACCCUCCGCUCAUGGGCAGCUAAGAAGGGGAAGGAGGAGGUCGAGCUUGCAGCUGCCAGAACGAAGAUGAGAGAGUUCAAGAAGUUGCAAGCGCCCGUUGAAGAAGCCGCUGCCGCUGCCGUCGCUGAGGGCAGCCUUCCUGCAGGCGGAGGAGCCGUGAUGGCCUUGAAUUGGUUGGCUGGCUAUGAUUUUUUGCAUGGCACAGAUGGUGAGCCUGACCCCUUACAAGUUGAGGUUCUCCAACGAAUUCGCGAACUUUCCAAGGACGCUGGAAACAUAGGCACCUUGGGAUAUGUUCCAACUCCAGAGGCAGCCUUGCGAGAGCUGCUCAAGGGAAAAUCGGAAUACAACCAGCCCAAGAUCCCUGUUGCUUUAGCCCCCUACAGUCUCGAGCGCAUCUCUCUACCAGCUUCACUCCAUGACCUUCCAGAGGCCAAGGACUUGCUGCCCAAAGAUGCCCGUCGAUAUUUGUUGGGUGAAGAGCUCAUGCUUAGGGAGGGAGAAGUUUUUGAGUCUCCCCGCCCCUAUUGGGAUCCUGUUUUGGCAAACAACAAACGAUGCUACCGGGAGUUCAUUCAACGUCUGGACGACAUAGGACUUUUGCAGUAUACUCAGAAACCCAAAAACGAAGUUGGCGUGUUUUUUGUGCACAAGAGUGACAAGAAGAAGAUUCGUUUAAUUGUUGAUGCCAGAUCCGCAAAUGCCCUUUUUCGAGACCCUCCGGGAGUUGAGCUUUGUUCAAGUGAAGGGUUCAGCCGAAUUGAAUGUGAAGUGUCCUCUGACGCCAAGCCUGGAAGCCCCGAGUUUCUGGAGGAGCUUAGAACCAUGGAGCUUCACGUGGGCCUUUCGGAUGUGAAGGACUGCUUCCACAGGCUCAAACAACCGAGGUGGCUUAGUGAGUACUUCUGCUUGAAGCCCAUUCGAGCUCACUGGGUGGGUUUGGCCGGCAAGUAUUUGGAAGGGGUUAAGUUGGGUAGCAAUGACCUCAUUUAUCCCAUGCCUGGCAGCUUGUGCAUGGGGUUUUCAUGGAGUCUUUAUUUUUGCCAACAGAUCAACGAACAUCAGUGCACUUUGACUCGCAGUUUGGGAGAUUCGACAUUGAUCACUGACAAAGGCAAACCAGUCGUCUUCAAAAGUUCGAAGUGUUUGAAAGAAGCAGAGUCCACUACAAGACAUUAUGUCUACGUCGACAACCUUGGAGUCCUGUCGCCUCACAAAGCGGUCGUUGCAACCGCCCUCCAGGAGUUGGACGAGCACUUUGGAGGGCGGGGCUUGUUGCUUCACCCAGGAGAGGUGCACAGCAGUGAGACACGGGCGCUAGGGACUAUUUUGGACGGGAACAAUCUUUGUUCAAAAAUCACACCUGAGCGCUUUCACAGAGUUCGACAGAGCAUUCGAGGGUUACUCAAUAAGAAGCGUGUGACGGGACAGAUGCUAGAGGUGGUGGUGGGGCACGCCACCUUUUGUGCCCUGAACAACAGAAUGUUGCUGUCCGUUUUUCACAGUAGCUACAAAUUUAUCAAGGCACAUUAUUUUGAGAACAGCAUGAUUUGGGAUUCAGUGCGGGCCGAACUGACAGCCUUCGCAGGACUGAUGAUCUUCCUGCGGUCGGAUUGGUGGCGGCCUUGGAAUCCCUUAGUUUGCAGCAGCGAUGCCAGCAACACGGGUUAUGGAGUGUGCACUUCUUUUUGGAGUCUCGAAGAUGUGGCCAGGGUUGGGAGACAGAAGGAGCGUAGCCGGUUUAGGAGAUGCGAGGGGCACUCUGCCCGCGAGUCAUCUCUAACUUCGGCAGGGUUCGUAAAGGACGAGGUUACAGGUUGUUGGAAAACAGGUGAGCUUUCGUCUGAAGACUAUCUCAACUUGAGUGGUUGGCAGAUCGACCAGAACUUUGAAGAGGUGCCGGCCCGUUUGCUUAGGAAAGACAGAUGGCAGCCCAAGCUUUGGGGACGCUGGCGGUUCAAUGAGGGCAUCCUCACCUUGGAGGCGGCCAGAGUGGAGGCCCGGCUCAACCCGGGGAAGUUGACCGUGAACAGUUGCAAGGACAAGAAGGUUCCUGUUUUGAAACCAGCGGAGACCGAAGAGUUUCUGACAACCAAAGGGAGUCUAGGCGCGGUGCCCACUCUCGAGAAUCCUGGCGACGAGCCUGUGGCGGUUCGAGACAGCGGCUCAGUCUCGAGCAGUUCAGACAGCAGCAGCGAUUUCGAACUGGUGCAGAAGAGACGAAAGAACCUACACUCUCGGGCCCGCCACCGGAGAAGAAAGUAUGUGGACUUCCUCAUCGCGGGCAGGGGCAAGAGCGAGCUGACCUUGUUAGAAAGAAAGGCAAUUGGAGCUGCGUCAGAGAAGAUGUACCAGAAGGAGAUGCAGGCCUUCCUCGACUAUGCCCAAUGUCGAGGCCUGGACGUCAGCAAGGCAGAGACAGUCGACAAGUUGAUGGUGCAAUACAUGAACCUGUGUUACCUGGGGGGCCACCAAGCCUUUGUGGGCGACAGGCUCAUUGCCAGUUGGCUGCAUCAUCACCCUCAAUACAGCAAAGCUGGAGUAAAGAGGAUUCCUCGUGCACUUCGCUGCCUCAAAGGGUGGAGACGCCUCUGCCCCGGAAGGUCCAGGGUUCCUUAUCCUUUGGCCAUUUGGUGCGGGGUAGCAUGUUUGAUGAUGGAGGCUGGCUUUCCCAAGAUGGCUGUUUUCGUAAUGUUGGCCCUGUCUCCAUGCAGUCGACCCUCGGAGCUUUUGAGAUUGAGGAGGUUCAGCCUGAUCCCGCCUGCCACCGGAGUGACGGGCAGCUGGAGUCUCCUCUUGAGCCCCGAGGAAUUGCAACAAGCCUCAAAGACAGGAGACUACGACGUCAGUGUCCUGUUAGACUCUCCCUAUACAAACUGCUGGGUCACCAAUGUUCUGAAGUCCUUGAAGAAGGGAGCCAGCAGUGCUCGCCUGUGGGACUUCGACUACAGCCAAUACCUGGCAGUGUUCAAGAGGUGCGCCAAGAAGAUGGACAUCCCCCUGGAGCCAUACCACUCCCGGCACAGCGGCCCAUCCAUCGACCGGAGCCGCAAGUACCGGUCACAGCUGGAGGUGCAAAAGCGGGGGCAAUGGAAGAGCAACAAGUCAGUCGUUCGCUACGAGAAGGCGGCAAGGCUGGCUCGAACCUGGGAGCAGAUCCCUACCAAGACCAAGGAGUACUCGCAAGCGUGCGAGGCGGCGUUCGACGACAUCAUGACUGGCCGAAAGAAGUGUCCAAGUUCAAACCGCCUAGGAGAAACCAGAAAGGCUGCUAUGUAG